CUGUACAGCUGAAUUGAUUACCAGAGACGUAUACGAUUCGCAAUGUCGGAUGCCACAGCAUGUGCCGAGACAUUUGCGUCUGGUCGGUACUCAAAGCGCAAGAGAACCCAAGUGGCAUACCGUCUGGACGAGCUCGACUACUCGGACACAGAAUCUGACUUUGCCAGCCCGCCAGCAAAGAAGCCCAAAGCCAAAGCAUGGAGAAGCCGGCCCCUUGCCAAGCAGAGCAUUUUUCCAUUUCUGCAACUCCCUGCCGAGAUCCGCAACACAAUCUAUGAAUACACGCUCUGCGACGACUUUGGCAUCAAUCUCCUGGGCACAUUCAAGCACAGACGGCGCACCGUCGGACGCAUAUCAGCGUCGUUGAUGGCCCAGGCAUCGAAAAGUGACAACGUCUGGGCGUCUCGACGUCUCAACAACCAGUUGCUCGCAUGCGACGAGGAGCCGUCCAUGACGCCUGUUGUUCCGCUUGUCCCCUCACUCCUUGCAGUCAACAGGCAAAUCCACCUCGAGGCCGUCGACAUGUUGUACGGCAACGAGUUUGUAUUUGCAGACAGCUUCGCUCUCUACUCGUUCCUACUCAAUAUAGGGCCUGCACGCGCAAAGCACCUCAAGCGGCUCCGUCUGCUCAGCUUCGCCGAAGGCCGCGGCAUGAAAGGAUAUAACCAUUCGUGUUUUGCCGUGCUGGCCUGGGCCACCAAUCUAUCUGCUUUCCACAUCAAUACGCACAUGGGUGGGUACCGCGUUGCCGAUGACGGCGCAGGCCAACUGUACCGCGAUGCGUUUCCCUGGCUCGAAGCCGUGGGUGCCGCAAAAGGAAAAGCAGAUGCUGCGUUGGAUGUCUUGCACCUUGGCGAAGAUUGCUUCCAAGGCCACAGGUGGGGACGCAAUAUCAAUGCUAGUGUCGAGGAUGGCUAUGAGGACAGGGAAGCCAGAUUCAAGGAGGCGUUGAGGAAGUGUCUGGAUAAGCAUCGACAGAAACUCAUGGCGCCGUCUGGGGGUAGCAAGAAGAAAUAGAAGAAUAACAUCAGGGCGGAAUAGGGACUUGGCUGGUG